AUGGUGCCGUGGGCAAGGUCCAAGCCGUCGCCAUCAGCCGACGGCCAGCGUGCCCGGGGGGACGAGCGCACGCCUCUCCUCCAGGUCGAUGAACCUUCGACUCCACUCCCCAUCACCCCGCAGGACGAAGACGCCAUCUCGCCCAAUGAGUUUGACUUCCUCCUCUCGCGGUCCCUCCCCACCUCCGGCCCCUUCUUGGAGCCAGAGUCGACCGUGAACCCCCUCCUCCGGGGUCCGCGCCGCUACAGCACCUCCUCCAAGACCCGCCGGUCCUCCCUCGCCAGCCGCACCGACCGCGAGGCCGGCGCCGGCGCCGGCGUUGACUCCGACUCCGACCGGGACUCGGGCGCCGUCUCUAUAAGUGGCAGCAGCACCACCGCGUCCACCCCCUACCUGAACGGCAUCACCCCCUCGCGCUUUUGGUUCAUCUUCGCCGAGAUCCUGCUGACCUACUUCAUCGCCUGCUUCGACGGUACCAUCAUGGCCUCCUCGCAUCCCGUCAUCACCUCCUACUUCCACGCCUCCAAUAGCGCCUCGUGGCUGUCCACCGCCUUCCUGCUCACCUCGUCCGCCUUUCAACCGCUGCUGGGCCGCCUUUCCGACAGCAUCGGCCGCAAGCCGCCCUACGUCGCCACCAUGGUCAUCUUCGCCGCCGCCACCAUGUGGUGCGCCCUCGCGCAGAGUAUGACGAGCUUCAUCCUCGCCAGGGCACUGUGCGGCCUCGGCGCGGGCGGCAUGAUGACGCUGGGGAGCAUCAUCAUUAGUGACCUGGUUCCCAUCGAAAACCGCGGCGCGUACCAGUCCUACGUUAACAUGAUCUACGGUGUCGGCUCCGCCCUCGGGGCGGCUCUGGGCGGCGCCAUGGCCGACCACCUCGGCUGGCGCUGGGAGUUCGGCAUCCAGGUGCCCCCCCUGAUCAUCUGCUGCUUCAUCGCCGUCAUCGCCGUCCCCAGCGACCUGGGGCUCGCGGGGAAGCGGGAGACCUUUGUCGAGGCCCUCAGAGCCUUCGACUUCAAAGGCUCGAUCCUCCUGACAACGUCCAUCACCUUUUUCGUUCUCGGCCUUAACUUGGGAGGAAACAUCCUGCCGUGGUCCCACCCCCUCGUGGUCGCCUCGCUCGUCAUCUUCAGCAUCUGCUUCCCUGUGUUCCUCUACGUCGAGUCCUACGUCAGCCGCCCGAUCAUGCCUCUCUAUCUAGUCCGCCGCUCGCCGCGCAUGAAUAUUAUCUUCUCCAAUUUCUUCGCGGCUCUCCUGAGUAACGCCAUCCUCUUCAACAUCCCCCUCUUCUUCCAGGCCGUCCUCCUCACGACGGCAACCGCUUCCGGCCUGCGCCUCGUCCUCCCGUCGCUCGUCUCCUCCUGCGUCGGCGCCGCAACGGGCUUCCUCAUAACUUAUACCCGCCGCCUCAAGUGGCCCCCGGUCUCCGGUGCCGUCUGCCUCUUCGUUGGCACCCUCAUCCUCGCCCUCCUGCGCCGCGGCUGGCCUUCGUGGGUUUACCUUUUCUGUCUCGUGCCCUCCUCCAUCGGCCAGGGCUUCCAAUUCCCGGGCUCCUUCAUGGCCGUCCUGGCGGCGAGCGAGCAGCGGGAGCAGGCCGUCGUCACGAGCACCCUCAUCCUCUGGCGCUCGCUUGGCAUGGUGCUCGGUGUCGCCAGCAGCAGUCUCGUCGUGCAGAACGCCCUGUUGGGGUACCUCGACAAGUACGUCCAGGGGCCCGAGAAGGACGAGGUGAUCCGCAAGGUAAGGGAGAGUGUCGAGUCCAUCGUGAAGCUGCCCGAGCUGUACCGCGAGCAGGUCGUUAUGAGCUACGAGGCGGCGCUGCGGACGACGUUCUUGUGCUGCACAGUGAUAGCGUUCCUGUCGGUCUGCCUGCUGGUUCCCAUCAAGUUGCCCAGACUUGGCACUAGGAAGUAG